AUGACUAAAGAGGUCCCACAACCGCUUCAAGCCUUCUUCAACAGCCUAAACAUAGAAGAUGUUUUGGGUAUUUGGACUUUCACAGUCUACAGCAUCUAUCCUGCCCCUACUCCAGCUAGCAGCGCCACGGAGGAAUUAUCAGACCAGCUCGUCUGCGAGCGAUUACGAGCGUACAUCGAAGCCAGCUUGCGCUUCAACACCGAAGAAUUAUACGGCGAGAAUAUUCCAUUGCAGAUCGAAUUUAUCCGCCUUCCCUCCGCAAGCACUCAAGAUGCCCGAAAACACUGCCGUGCCAAGUACGGUUGGCCUGAGGAACAUGAUAAGAGGAUUCUGAGGGAGCUGAGAGAGCAUUACGGGAUGCGAUUCGAUUGGAUUGUCAUGAUUGACGAAGAGUCCUCCUCGAUGAUCCGAGUCCUAUCGCAGGAUUUCCGGCUGGCUCGAGCUAUAGAGAUGCGACAGCAGGAGAAGACGAUAUCGCGAUAA